AUGGACCUGCCCCCCUGGGGUUUCGGCCCGCCGCCCGGCGGCCUCGAGAUGCUUUUUGGGGGUCCGCCGUCGCCCGGCGGCGACGACGACGACGAGAUGCCCGUGGACGUCGAACAAUUGUUAGCUUCUAUUCUUCCUAGGAGUUUUGGCGGCAUUGAAGCGUUUGCCCAGGCCCAAGGAAUGAGAAGGGCCAGACCGGCCGACCGGAAGCGAUUAGAUCACUUGUUGGACGAGCACGCCUACUCGGAACCACAACCAGAUGAAAUUGUGGAAGAAGCCGUCGUCACGACGACGCGGGCCGGCCGGUCGCGACUCGCGAAGCGCAAGUUCGAUCUGGAAGACGUCAAGGACAAGAUCAACUGUCCCAUAUGUAUCGAGACGCGGGACCCGGGCUGCGACUGUUUGAGGAUGCCCUGCUGCGGCCAGCGCUUCCACCGGGCCUGUGCGAUCAAGUGGCUCACGAAGGAGUCGGACAAGUGUCCUACCUGCAGAGCGCCUUUGCAAGACGCGCCGAAGAAGAAAAAGCGCGACUACGCGAAGCUGCCCAUCGCCGAGCUGCGCAAAAGAUGUGAAGAAAGAGAUGUGCCCACGAAGGGCGUCGUCGAGAAGAAGGAGCUUGUGGCCUUGCUCAAGGACGAGGCCGAGCGCGACGACGAGCGCCGGAAGCGCCUGCCGCCGCCGGGCGCCGUGCCCAUCUUCGUGGGCGCCGUGCCGCCGCCGCCGCCGGGGGCCGCUCGAGCCUUCGCGGACGCGGCGCGCGAGGCUGGUUUGCCGCCGUUUUUGUUCGGGGCGGGGUCGCCCUUCGGCGGGCCCUCUGGCCAAGGUACGCCGCGCCGCGCGCCCGCGGCGCCUCGGCGCCGCGGACGCGCCGCCGCGCCGGCGCCGGCGCCCGCGCGCCGCCGCGGCGGCGCCUCGCCGCGCGGCCGCGGCGCGGCAGCGCCCCGCGGCCGCGCGACGGGUGGUCCCCGCUCGCCCGCUUCUCCAGGCGGCCGCAGCGCCCCGCGCCCGAUGAUGGGCUUCCCGCCUGGCCCGUUCUUCUCCACCGGCGGCGCCGGCGAGCCGCCCGCGUUUCUCCGCGCGCUCUUCGACGGCGUCCGCCGCAACGUGCGCGACGCCAACCGCGGCGGUGCGCGCCAGGCGCCGCCCCUGGGCUUCCCCGGCGGCAUGCUCCCGUUCCAGGUCGUCAUCGGCGGCGGCGGGCCCGCGAACCUGCCCCCGUUCCCCGGCGCGCCCGGCGGCAUCGCCAUGGAGGACGACGACUUCGUCGACGUCCCGUCGCCGCGCGAGCCGCCGGCGCGCCGGCGCCGCACGUCCUGA